AUGUUGCCUUCUAUUACGAAAAAUGUAGAAGAAAAAAAUAAUAAUAAUAAGUCAUUUGAUGAAACAGUUGAAGAGAUGGAAGAUGGAGUUGUUGAAAACAUUGAUGAAUUAUUUGAUUCAGGUGAAUUUUCUUGUUCAUUUAUUGGUGAUGCACAUGAAGAUUUUGGUAAAUCUUCUUCAGAUAGAGAUGGUGAAGAUGAAUUGUAA